UUAAAAAAUAUUCCCCCCUACAAACCCUAACCCCCCGCACCCCAAUAGCACCCUCGUGCCUAGAGGUCACUGAAAAAGGCGACGUUUGAUUUUUAAAGGGCGAUUUAAUCGAUUUUUUACCUCAGCUUCCUCCUUCUCCGCGACAUGGGCGCCGCUCUUUUAUUUUUAAUAUCGCGACUGAAGCCCCUGGCUCCCUUAUUUCGCCGGGGCGAUAAAAUCGGGGCACCCUAGAAAUAUUAGGGCGCCUGGGUGGUCAUUUUUAACCCUUCGUGCGCCGGGGGCGGCCGUUUUAUAUUGACGAGCCGCGGCGCUGUUGCUUUGCCCUGCAAGGACCUGACAGAAUCCAUUGAAGCCAACAAGUUUGGAGAGAAUGUUGAGUUCAAUCAAUUCAGAACGUCGAGAUGGAGCCCAACUCAGUGAAGUGGGUCGGAUCACCCUGCGGUCUCCAUGGACCUUAUAUCUUCUACAAGGCUUUUCAGUUCCACCUUGAAGACAGACCAAGAAUCUUGUCCCUUGGCGACUUUUUCUUAGUCAGAUGCAAGCCAGAGGAUCCCAUUUGCAUAGCGGAGCUCCAGCUGUUAUGGGAAGAGAGGACUAGCAAGCAACUUUUAUCCAGCUCCAAACUUUAUUUCCUUCCAGAAGAUACCCCCUUGGGCAGGAGUACCGACCAUGGAGAGGAUGAAGUUAUUGCAGUUUCAGAAAAAGUAAUUGUCAAACUUGAAGACUUAACAAAAUGGGCGCAAUCGGAUUAUUCAAAAUGGAAGUGCGGACUCCGAGCUUUACCCUUAAAGCUGAAAGAACUGGGGAAAAAUGGGCAAAAAGAAUGUGUUUUGAAGAACAGACAAUCCACACUAAAUAGCGGUCUGAACUUCAAGGACGUCUUCAAAGAAAAGGCGGAACUGGGAGAAGAUGAAAAUGAGGGAAAUGUCAUGGUGCUGAGCUACCCCCAGUAUUGCCGAUAUCGGUCCAUUUUGAAACGUAUCCAGGCCAAACCUUCCUCCGUUUUGGCUGACCAGUUUGUUCAGGCGCUAGGUGGAAUUCCCAUCAUCAACAAGAAUACAAAGAUCCUUUACUGUCGGGACACUUUUGACCAUCCCACCCUUAUAGAUAAUGAAAGUGUAUGUGAUGAAUUUGCCCCAAACCUGAAAGGCCGACCACGCAAAAAGAAGCAAUGCAUGCAGAGGAGAGAUUCAGUUAACGGAGUCAAAGAUGCCGCCAAUAUUUGUGAUGGCAAAACUGUUGCCAAGGUAAAGUGUGAAAUUAAGGCAGUGCUGCCAAAAACCAAGACUGCCAACGGCAACUGCAAGAAGAUCUCAACAGAGGAGAAACUAAAUGUUGCUGCAGCAGGAGAAGGAUGUAAGACUGAAGAGUGCAAAGCCGAUGAGCAGGCAUUUCUUGUAGAACUGUAUAAAUAUAUGAAGGAGAGGAAAACGCCUAUUGAGAGGAUACCAUAUUUGGGAUUUAAGCAAAUUAACCUUUGGACUAUGUUUCAAGCUGCUCAAAAACUGGGAGGAUAUGAAACAAUCACAGCUCGGAGGCAAUGGAAACAUAUUUAUGAUGAAUUGGGUGGAAAUCCAGGAAGUACCAGCGCAGCCACCUGUACUCGGCGACAUUAUGAAAGAUUAAUCCUACCCUAUGAAAGGUUUAUCAAAGGAGAGGAAGACAAACCGCUACCCCCUGCCAAGCCUCGGAAACCAGAAUGCAAUUCCCCAGAAGUGGAGCCGAAAAUAAAAAUGUGCAGUUCAAAGCGUAUUAAACAUGAAGGCCAAAAGACGAAGAGGGAGAAGGAUGCAACAGCAAAGCCAGAAGAUUCGGAGGCUUCACCACUGGAGGAGAAUGAUGAUGUAAAUGAGAAAAACAUGUCUUUUUGUGAUUCAGAGGAGAUCAAGCCGAAUGUAGACAACUCUGAACUGAAAGAAGACACUCAGUCCACACCUCUGGAUGAAGAAGAACUUGAUGAGUCCAUUCCUAGUGUAUGCCAUGUGAAAGAAGAAGAAAACGUGCACUCAGAACCUAUUCCCAUUGACUCAUUCCCUAAUGUCAUAAAAGAGAAUAGUUCCAGUUUAGCAGGUGAUGAAGAAAGCACACUCAUAGAAAGUGCAGCUGUGUUAAAAGCAGAACACUGCAAGCAAGAUCCAUCAGAAAUGGAAGUACAGGAAGGACAUUACAACAUGUUUCCCUCAAUUCAGGUCCAACUGCAGCAUGAAAUGAAUGAGUCAGAUGAGAAGUUGCCAGAUAUGCCAGAUUAUAUUGCAAACUGUACAGUAAAGAUGGACCCACUGGUCUCUGAGGACCUUAAAAAUCCUCUGGACAGCAGCAUUUUACAGAAUGCAUUGAAGCAGAACCCCAAAGUGUACUUGGUUCAGACUCUGGACAUGCUGAAAGAGAAGGAUACUUCAUCCUCUUCAUCAAAUGAAGAUUCAUCAUUCAGUUACACACCUCUGCUUUACUCAAGGGGAAACCCAGGAAUAAUGUCCCCUUUAGCAAAAAAGAAGCUGUUGUCACAGGUUAGCGGGGCUUCACAAACUGGAAGUUACCCCUACGGCUCACCGCCACCAUUAAUAAGCAAAAAAAAGUUAAAUUCCAAAAUAGAAGUAUCCCAACCUUUAGUGCAAACUCAUCAGGUAUCGAACUCUGAAACAGUGGCUAUAAACAGACCAUCUGUGAUACAACAUGUUCAAAGUUUUAAGCAAAAAACAGCAGAUGACAAAAAGAGCAUAAAUGACCUGUACAAAAGCAGUACUUUAAACAAAACAGACUCUUACCGUUGUGAGUAUGCUAAGCAGCAUCAGAGUGUGCUGGCAGAGUCCUACUCCUUGAAGUCCAGUAUGCUUGAAUGCAAAGAGAAAAUGGCUGAGAAGAGGGCUGCACACAACUCCAAUGUGCCAGCCUUUUUGGCUGAGUUCUAUUCAUCGCCUCAUCUGCAUAGGCUUUACCGACAUACAGAGCAUCAUCUUCACAAUGAACAUGCAUUAAAAUACCACCCUAGGGAAAUGUAUAGAGAAAGUGAAAAUGUGUCCUCUACACACAAGCAUCAAGAGAAACUUCACUAUCAUCACUCGGUACAUCAACCACAAAAACAGAAUGUCUCGAAUACUAUGGAUGACCAGCCGACUGAUUUGAGCCUUCCCAAAUCUAUGCACAAGCACACUUCAAAAAUGCAAGGAGCCAACCUUUCUCAUCAUUUGGUACAGCAAGAAAGCAAAACCCAUCAAAGUCCAUUUCAAGUUCCAAACAGUAAGGCUAUUGGCAUAGACUGUAAUCCAAAAGCCUGUCGAGUUUCACCAAUGCCGAUACAAGUAUCGAAAAGGCACACAGAAUCAAUUCACAGGCCCAUUAAGGCUCACAGUGUAAGACUUGAUAAUGUAAGGAAGAUGGAAGCCACAGUCCAUCCAAUCACGGUUGGUAAAGCCAUUCCUCAGAACUUCGGGACCUCACGAUCUUUGAAAAGAAAUCUAGACGAUAUGGACAGCCCUGUCUGCGAUAAAAAAAUAAAAGCAGUGUCUCCUCUAAAUAUACCAAAGGAGAUAUCAGGUCAAGAGGGUGAAAGCAGCAAAUCAUUGCAUGACAUUCAUUCUGGUAGUAUGAUGGAGGGUCACAAAUACCCACUAUCAGCGCCAAUCUUUACCGGGAUCUAUCCCGGAGGCUUAUGUAGUGGGCUGAGCACACGCAUACCACCUGCUUAUUCUCAUCCACUGCAGUACUUGAAAAACCAGAGUGUGCUUUCACCACUAAUGCAACCCUUAGCUCUCCAUUCUUUGAUGAUGCAAAGACAAUAUCUAACCAACUCCACUAACUCUCAGCAGCUAUAUAGACAUUUGGCAUCAGCCACCCAAGUAGGAUCUUCAUACGAUGACCUACUACACAACAACAUUUAUCCUUUAACAGCUAUCAACCCGCAGUCCUCUUUUCCUUCCUCCCAGAUGUCAUCUGUACACCCCAGCACAAAACUUUAAGCAGAUUCACUUUGGCAAAAAAAAAUUAUCUAAUUGUUAAUACUUUAGCUACAUUCCUUGCCUAGCACAAUAUUCUGCAUAAAAAAUGCUCUCUACUGUGUGAGCCACACUAUAACUGUAUAUGUAACAUAUUAGAGGUAAGAACAAUGGCGUCAAGGUUACACUUUGGGUUUGUUUAGUUUUAUAAUGGAAAGGAAAAAAAAAGUAUAGAACCUAGUGCGCUCCACACAUUUGUAACAGAAGGUAAAAAGCGGGGAAAAAAAAGCUGGAAUAUUGUAGGUUCACAUGUCACGGCAUACGCUAGAGGCAACGCUUUUGCUUUUUAUUUGUCUUUUUGUUUUGACUGUUAAAGGUUAAAUCAAUGCAAUGUAUAGUUACAAGUAAAUUUACAAGUAAAUUUUAACACUAUAAUGGCAGAAGAAAGUUAAACACUGUUUAUUUGACUGUACAUGUCUGCCAGUGUCACUGUCUGUUCUAUUAAUUUAUAUGGAAUAAGCCCUCAGUUGAUUUCUUUGCUUUUUUUAUCUUUUUGUUUUUUAUUAAACAGUUAUGUGUUAACGGCAAGGUUUUUACGAGAGGUUGAUUUUGUGUGCAUGUUGUCAGGAUUCUAACGUAAGAAGCAGCUUUUACAAUCUAUGCAUGUUGUUUACAUACACAAGGAAACAAAUCGCCCAUCAUCAUCUGAACGCCAGAGGCAACCAUUUUCUUUUGCUGAUCUAAUACUAUUGUAUAGUAUGUAUAUCAUUUGUAUACUUAAAGAAUUUUUCAGAAUAAGGGCUGUUUUUACCUAGCCCCUGGAACAGGUGUUACCUAGUAUACUGACCUGCUCUGGUCUGGCACCCCAGCUCCAUUCAGUCAUCAUAUGGACAGGGUCAAGUGCGCUGCUGCAGCCAGUGACUGACCUCAGCGCUGAUGUGUCCGCAUGUGGCUUAGCAGUCACAUGACUAUGUCCGUACUCUAGCCAAAAGCAAACAGUCUGAAGCCCAGAAAAAUCACCGAACAGAGCCAGGGUAUUAGGCCUGAGCAGCGGAAAGGCAGAUGAGCAUGACUGUUUCAUUAGGUACAACACAUUCUGGGGGCUAGAAAAAAAUUGCCCU